ACUUGGAUGUACGGGCAAGCUCUCUCAGAACCACCGCUGCCCGACACGACCAAUGUCCCCAGAAGCAGUCGAGGCAGCAGAAGCGACCAUGGUCACAGCAGCAGCACGAGAAGUAGCAAGGGCAAUAGCCAGAGCAGAAGCAGCAGAGGCAGCAGUAGCAGCAGCAGCAACAACAACAACAACAACAACAGAAGCAGAGGAGGGAACAAUAAUCGGAGUAGCAAAUGGAGCAGCGGCAGCAGCAGAAACGGAACCCCCAAUCCCCGAACCAAGAGUCGAGAUCGGGGCACCAAGUAGCUGGGGUACAUCUCUAGGCGGA